AUGCAAAGCAAUUGCGUCGAAUCGACGCGGCAUUCUCUUAAAAGGAAAAAGAAGGAAAGAGCGGAAAAAGGAGGCGUGGGAAUCCGAAACCGCGGCACCGUCGGUAACGCCGGGACGGUAAUGUCACCUUCACUCGGGCCGCAUCCAACCACAUGCGCGAAAACGACUUCGGUGAGGCGAAAAAGGACAAUAGCAUUAUAUCAAGAGUCGGCGCCAGUCGUUGUUGUCCUCCCGCUUCCCAUCGAGAGGAUAACACGCCGCUUCCUCUUUCCUUGGACUCCCCCAUCGACGACGAUGGCGUCGCUUUCGCUCGCCGGUCUUCUUCCCGCGACUCCCUCGGUCUCUGCUUCUCGCUCGUUCCUUUUCCGUCCAGUCCCUUGCAAAAGCCCUUCGGCAUGCCCCUUGCUGCAAUUUCCUUCUCCGAAUUCGAGCCCCAUUCGCGGUAGACUCUUCUGGCGGUGCGCGUCCCGGCGGCGGCUCGACGGCGUGUCCAGCGAGGAAGAAGACGUGGAAGAAUGGGACGAAGAGGAGGACUGGGAAAUAGAGGAGGAGGAGGAGGAGGAGGAUGAUCUCUCUUCUCUCGACCUCAAAUCGAUGGAGGAAGAGGCGAUUGAUGCUGUCAGACAGUACUCCCAAUCUUUAUCCACCGAAUUGGGCUUCGAGGAUGAGGUCAGUGAGAGGAAGCAUGCAAGUGAGAAGCAGAAGUUAAAGAAGAGUUCUAGCAAACAUAUUCCAGACCAUCUUCUUCCAAGAGUAACUAUUGUUGGAAGACCAAAUGUCGGUAAAUCAGCAUUAUUCAAUCGGCUUGUGGGGGGGAACAGGGCAAUUGUUGUUGACGAACCGGGGGUUACCAGAGAUCGUUUAUAUGGAAGAUCCUUUUGGGGGGACCAUGAGUUUAUGGUAGUGGAUACUGGUGGAGUUAUGACCUUUUCCAGAUCACAGAUUGAUGUUAUGGAAGAACUUGCAAUUACUACAACUGUUGGUAUGGAUGGGAUUCCUCUUACUGUUAGGGAAGCAGCUGUUGCUAGGAUGCCCUCCAUGAUUGAGAGACAGGCAACUGCUGCAGUGGAGGAAGCAGCUGUGUUAAUAUUUCUUGUUGAUGGCCAGGCUGGCCUCGUAGCAGCUGAUAUGGAAAUUGCUGACUGGUUGCGUAAAAAUUACUCGGAUAAGUGUGUUAUCCUUGCCGUAAAUAAAUGUGAAUCUCCACGCAAGGGACUGAUGCAAGCAUCAGAAUUUUGGUCCUUAGGGUUUUCUCCUUUGCCAAUAUCAGCCAUUUCCGGCACUGGAACUGGGGAGCUCCUUGAUCUUGUCUGUUCAGAACUGAAAGCUAUUGAGGCCUCAGACAGCAACGAAGAAGAAGAAAACUACAUUCCUUCUAUUGCUAUUGUUGGUAGACCAAAUGUUGGGAAAAGUAGCAUAUUAAAUGCAUUGGUCGGGGAGGAUAGAACAAUUGUUAGCCCAAUCAGUGGGACAACCCGUGAUGCUAUAGAUACUGAAAUUACUGGACCAGAUGGACAGAAGUACAGGCUCAUUGACACUGCUGGCAUCCGAAAAAGAGCAGCAGUAGCAUCUGCUGGUAGCACUACUGAGGUAUUAUCAGUAAAUCGGGCAUUGCGAGCCAUCUGUCGGUCAGAUGUGGUAGCUCUUGUUAUUGAAGCCAUGGCUUGUAUUACAGAACAGGCAGUGUGUAUGUGUCCAUGCAAAUCUUUGCAAUUUAAGAAGUAUUUCAGUCACUAUCAAGGUGAAGUGAUAUUGGAAGUUGGCAAUAUGAUCCCAGGUCACUUUUUCAUGGAAACAGAGUGGUGUGCAUUGUGCUUUACCUUGGUGUAUCUCAUUAAAAAAAUGUGACAAGAAUAUAAGGUAAUUUGGAGUUAUUAAGCCAUGGGAGUUAUUAAAAAAAUGUUUUCAAUCAUAUGUGCUAGUAAAUUUUCCAACGGCUUUUAGGCUUCUAGGCUGUUGCCUAUAAUAUUAAGAAAAAUUUUAGAAGGUUGUUACUUGAUCCAUAAGCUUAUAGUGCAAACAAAUGGUUGAUUUUGUACAAGUCUACUACUCAAAAGAUGAUUUAUUAUGCUUCCUCUACAUUUGAUGUUUAUUUCUGGUGGGAAUCUGUGAUAACUUCAGAGAAGGUUUAAGACAACAUACCGAAGAAUUUGUUUUCAAUUUGCCCAUUAAAGUCUUCAUGAUUAGGAGUAAUUUUUUUAAGCUGGGAUCAUAUUGAUGGAAAAUGUGUUGGCAGUGAUCUUAUGGGACAAUUAGAUGAAUAUUUAGUAUGGACUAGUAACAUUGAUAUGCCUGAGAUGUUGUGUGCUCUAUACAUGCCUUGUUGACUUGUAAGGAAAAUUGUAGUGCACAGAUAAACCCAUGUUGGUUCUUGCUUCAGAAUCUGCUUACUGCAGUUGGUCAUUUCAUAGGGCCUUGGUGCAAUAGUAAGAUUGCUGCAUUAGGACCUGCGCACUCACAGAUUUGGAUCAUUAAAUUGGCUCCCAGUAUCUGCAAGGCAAGGCUGCAUAAACCUGAACUUUACAGUGGAGAACUGGAGAUAACCUCAUACAAUGGCUGGUCAUGAAACAGUUAUCAACUCUUUUUCAAGUAAAUACUUUUUAAGAAUAUAUCUUGAACGAUAGUUGGAUUUUUUUUUUCUUUUGAGAACCAAAGAGUUGAAGCUGCUUCCAACUGAAAUAAUCAAUGGAGUGUACAUUCAAGGUUUAAAGCCUAGUGUCUAGUUUUCUUUCGAGGGAAUUCCAUCAAAAGCUUCAAGCUGGAAACACAUUUCUCCCUACAACUUUGAGUUAAAGAAUAAUAUGUAGCAUGGCCAGGAAACAGCUAUGUCCAUUUUUAGUCUAUAUAAAGGACAAAUCUGUAUUAUAUGGACUUGCUUUGCUCCCAAGUCCUUGUCUUAAUUAAUUGUUUAGGGCAUGAACAUUUCUGAUCUUUUUCAUAAUUUAUAUAUAAAGGAUUAUUGGAUCUUGGUGAGAUCAAUUAUGGUACUUCAUAAGGCCACUAUUGCAAUUAUCUUCCUUUUCUCUGUUACUGAAUAUUCAGUGCUAUGUUGUGAUUCGGAGUUUCUGUCAUCAUUUUAUUGGUUUGUGUUAUUUAACAUUUUCAUGCUUA